AUGGCGGAAGGUAAGAGACUCAUGGUCUAUACCGAUAGCAGAUAUGCCUUCACUACUGCCCAUGUACAUGGAGAAAUCUACAGGAGGAGAGGCCUCCUGACGUCAGAGGGCAAGGAAAUUAAAAACAAAAAAGAAAUUUUAGACCUCUUAAGGGCCUUGUUCCUCCCACAUCAGCUCAGCAUUAUACACUGUCCCGGGCACCAAAAGGAUGACUCUGUAAUAGCUCGGGGAAAUCGGCUGGCCGAUCUGACGGCCCGGACAGUGGCCUUACAACCCCCCAGGGGCGACAAGCUGCUGACCCUGGAGGCGCACCUUCAAGCCCUCCAACUGGUACAAAAGAUGGUGUGGAAACCCCUGGCCGAUGCCUACCGGGAGCAACUGAACCGCCCGGUGGUGCCUCACCCAUUCAAGAUUGGGGACUCUGUCUGGGUCCGACGCCACCAAUCCAAGAACCUAGAGCCGAGGUGGAAAGGACCAUACACUGUCUUGCUAACUACUCCCACUGCACUCAAGGUUGACGGGAUAGCAACGUGGGUCCAAGCGUCACAUGUGAAGGCCGCCAAAGAACCCGACGAAGCCGAGAGCACCAAGACGUCUACAUGGAAAGUUCAACACUCUCCAAACCCACUAAAGAUAAGACUUACCCGUGGGUCCCCCUAA